CACAACAGUAAGCGUGUCAUUUCCACCUGCAAAGGACGCUGCUCAGCUGAGACGAGUGAGUUAUGGAGCUCCAGGACGCUCAACAACAAUCACCAGGUAAAGCACAGAAGGCCAUCAGAGGAAAGCCGAGUCCUCCACGUCCCACACCAGCCAGACAGAGGCAGAAGGUUCAGCUGCAACCAUCAGAGGAGGAGGUGGCUGAGGACACCGUCUCCAUCCCCGCAGAUCUGGCCACCUGGAUCAGAGCCAAAGCCGAAGACCUGAAGAUCCGGCAGACGGACCGUUGCUGGGCUGCUGAGCUGGUCAACGAUUUCCGUGAGAACCUGCUGAACUUCCUGCACACCAACACUGAUCAGCCUUUCUUCCAGUCACUGGAGUUCCUCACCACCGGCAGCUACUUUGAGAAAGUUAAGAUCCACAUGGCUGAUGAGUUUGACAUGAUGCUGACGGUUCAAGUGUCCACACGCCUCAGCUUGACAAAGCUCGACGAGGGUCUCUUCUACCGGAUCGAUCUCACGCGGCCCACUCGGCAACCUAUCCGGGCUUUCCUCCUGGAGAACCACCUCACCAUUUCCUCAAGCAAGAUCCUGAGUGAGAUGUACCGUCUCAUCCGCAAGUUCCUCAAGACCUACAAAGUGCCCGAUGAAUGCUGUCGCUGGGAGGUGAACAGGAAGCGCCCGCACUGUCCGGCCGUCACUUUGUCUCUGUUCAAAACUGACAGCAACAGCGGCGAGCUGAUCUCUGUGGAUGUGGUUCCUGCGCUCGAGGUUCAAAGCUGGCCGGCUCCGGUCCGUAACGGCCCGGAUGUGGACGACUGGUUAGGCAAGAAGGUUCGCCAAGAAAUCAGAGGCUUGCCGUGUUACUUCGUACCGAAGAGGAUGAAAGGACGAAACCUCAGCGAGGACGCCAAAGAGAGCUGGAGGAUCUCUUUCUCUCACAUUGAGAAGAAGAUCAUCACGUCUCACGGCAACAAGAAGACCUGCUGUGAGAGUCGUGCCACCAAAUGCUGCCGAAAGCAGUGCUUAAUGCUCCUCAAAUCCCUGAUUGAGGGUCUGAAACAACGUUUUCCCAAAGAGCUGGAAGGCCUCUGCUCGUACCACGGGAAGACCACCUUCCUCCACACCCUGUCCACCAGGUAUGACGACGCCAUGUGGGCUCCUCAGCACCUUCCCGCCUGCUUCCUGUACCUGAUCCGGGCUCUCGAGGACUACGCACACAGAGGGAACCUCCCUCACUUCUUUGUCCCCGAAUGCAACCUCUUCUCCUCCUUCUCCCGUAAAGCUCUGGCUUUCCUCGUCAGUGCCCUGGAGGAGCAGAGGAGGGAGGGCCUGCCCCUGCUGAAGCAUCCAUCUCCAGUCUCCCCUCUGACACCCGAUGAGAUGUUUGAAGGAAAGCCGCUCAUACUGGCUCGGUCUGUGGAUGCUGCGCUGAUGAAUAAAUUUGUUGUGGUGUUUGCUGUGGCGCUGAUGUUUGCCUUCUAUAUCCUGUACAAGUAAUAAGAAAGUGUGACGGUAAUUAAGAGAAACCAGCUGAUAAAGAGCGUUCGCUUGCACUGAUUUCAGUCACACUGCAGGAGAUAAAUUUAUCAGUGAUUCAAAUAAUGAUAUCAAACCUCAGUGAUGUUUGUCUCUGACUUUAACACAAAAUAUUUAAGUCUUAAUGUAAAUGUUAGUAUUUAUUAAGCACAAAUUUUAUGCCCUGAUAUUUUGUUUCAACUUUAAACUCUCAGGUUGACCUUAAGUGCAUGUUGUAGAGUUAUUUCAUAGUGGUUAUUUUUUUUUUAAGCAAAUAGUAGGAAAGCACAGGUGACAUCAUCAAAAAAAAACUUGUCUGUGAAAACUAAGUGCAAUAUGAGUGCUUUGUAACAUAGUAUUUAACUAUGAAAACAGUGGUUACUGGGAAAUAAAUGUACUGUAUGGAAGCUUGUUUCUGCUCCUGAGGAAACCUUUUUUUUUUAAAGUCAAAGUGAUGAGUUAUGGAUCCCAAAAUUGUGAGUUACUUAGGAGUAAAAAGUAGAAGUCAGUUUAACUCAAAGUUUUGUUAAGUUUGCCUGUCUUUUUUCUAUUUUUCCCCCAGUGGUGCAAACAGACUUCCACGGUUUUCUGCUGCUACUUACCUGCAGAUUUACUGUGUAUCUCUCUUUAAAUGUAA